CACACAAAAGUCAUGGAGCAAGGCUUUCUCAAAGUUUCUCCAGAGUUUGUUGCAAUUCAUCAGCUGCCUCCAGAGGACGACAUUGUUCUAGGAGAGAAGAGGAAAUACAUCAGCCCAAGUUCUCGGAAUGAUCCUAAAUUGGAAGCCCUACAAACAGUUUUACUAGAAUGGAUUAACACAACGCUGCAGCAUGAACACAUUGUGGUGAGAAACUUAGAACAAGACCUAUAUGAUGGAUUAGUCCUUCACCAUCUCUUAGAGAAACUUGGAUCCCUAACUUUGAAAGCAGAGAAGCUUGCCCUGACAGAAAUGAAGCAACGGGUCAAACUUGCAACUAUUCUAGAAACUGUGAGCACGUGUUUAAAACUAGAAGAAAGUGAACUCAAGUGGAAUGUGGAUGCCAUCUUGAAGAAGGAUUUGCUAAGUACACUGCAUCUCCUGGUGGCCCUUGCUGAGCACUUCCAGCCAAGACUUGCAUUGCCCCCAAAUGUUAAAGUGGACAUAAUCAACAUAGAGCGCACUUCAAAUGGACUGAAGACAGAAAAUGCAAUAGAGUUCAUUACCAAGGACAGGGAAUGCGAAGAAAGCUCUUCAAAAGCUGAGAUUUUUGAUGACUUAUUGAAACAUGCCCCAGAGAAACUGGAUGCUGUAAAAGAGGUACUUCUGAAAUUUGUCAACAAGCACGUUGAGAAAUUAGGGUUAACUGUAAAAGACAUAAAUGCACAGUUUGCAGACGGUGUUAUUUUGAUCUUGCUAAUUGGGCAGCUCCAAGGCUAUUUUCUGAACUUGGGAGAGUUCUUCCUGAAUCCAACUUCUGUUUCUGAAAAGAUACACAAUGUUAAUCUUGCUGUAGAGUUGCUUAUGGAUGAAGGUCUUCUAGACACUCCUAUCAACCCUGAAGAUGUUGUGAACCAAGAUACAAAUGCCACAUUGCUGCUCCUAUACUGCCUAUUUUCCAAAUUCAAGGCCAAAGAAAAAUGAAGAACAAAACCAGAAGGCUCAUCUCAAACACAGUUUUGCCACUGAAUUAUCUGAUUUCAAAUGUCAACAUUUCUUUGAUGCUUUGCAACUAUAGAAGCUUGAUAUCAAUACAUUAUCUAUGCACUGCGAUAUAGAUGUGUUUGAGGAUUCAAAGACGAAACCUGGUGAAUAUUGAGAUUAAUCAAUAAUUGGGAAGGUUUUAAGAGGACGAAAAAGAAACACCCAAAUUACUUUUUUUAUGAGCUUUGAACAAUGUGAUACUCUGGGUUGUUGUAGGUUUUUUCGGGCUAUAUGGCCAUGGUCUGGAGGCAUUUUCUCCUGACGUUUCACCUGCAUCUAUGGCAAGCAUCCUCAGAGGUAGUGAGGUACUCCUUUUCUACUAUUGUGAUACUCCUUUUCUACUAUUCAAUGAGGUCACAUUUUGUAAUUGUGAAAGUAAAAGUAAUACUUCAUACUUCACUGGAGUAUUGUUACUAGAGGAAUGUAUUCAAUAGAGUCAACUAGUUAACUAGUUAAUUUGUAGCUAUUGGUUUUUAAACUCCGAGACCUACUAACAUGUGCAACAAACAAAACCACAAAUGAAAAAUAAACAAAACAAGUGUAUUGUGAUCAUUUCCCCUUUUCCAAAUGCUUUUGUGGUUUCUUAAAGCAUUGUCAUAU